UUUUUGAUUUUAGUCUCAUUUGGCGAGGCUCUUGUUGUCAUUGUGAACACUCAUCAAUUUAUUGUCUCCUUACUGGCAAUUCAGAGAUUUUUUCUCUACUUUUUUCCAAGUUCUGAAACGUUUCUAAACUUGAAAGUAUCGACAAUGAGCAGUUGUUUGAAAUCGCUGUAUUGGUUAUUUUUCUUGUCACAUUUUUCAUUGUUCAUUGCUGUUGUUACAUUUGUCGUUUUGAGAUUAGAUGAAGUUAAACUAUUUUCUGAUGUUUAUCCGGUUUAUUACAUUGCCUUGCAUAUUAUUUUAUUCUUCUGUGCUGCAUUGUAUAUUCCCAUUGUUGUCAGUAUCCGAAAACUGCAACAUUUAGCAUCGCCGAUGAAGAAUAAGCCACACAAAUAUAUUUUGUAUCAGUCU